CGCGCUGACUCCAGGGCGUGCAGCUCGCUUCCUAGCUCACUCGCGCUCAGCUCCUGCCACCGCUCAGCCGGCACAGCCCAGGGAAGCCCGAGAGCGAGAGAGCCGGCGAUCCGCCUAAGGAGGGAGCACAGGAGGGAGGGAGCCAGGACGCCCUGCUGCCCGCCCUUCCUGCCGCCACAGGUCGGCCCUGAGCCCCGCUCACACUUGGGAAACUUGGGACUCGCUGGGGCUGCGUGUGGCACCUCAGGGGGGCGGCCUCAGCCUCAGAGGAGGAGGAAGAAGUUAGCCCGAAGGAUCCGCUCCGAGCUGUUUGUCCAGCUGUUUCUAUUCGCACCCCGGGCAGCCCAGCAAAGAAGGGGGCCCAGCAGAGGGGUGGCCGGCUUAGGCGCUAAUUGCCACCUCUUCUCCUCACAGCUUGUCUUUUCCAGGCAACCUGGAGUCCCCUCAGGCCAGCCUGGAGGGCGCGCGCCUGCCAGCCGCCCCUGAUCUCACGGGCCAGGCAAUCCUCGAGCCCGAGGAGAUGGCCCAGCCCAAGACCGACUGCCGCUCACCUGUCGGUCUUGACUGCUGUAGCUGCUGCCUGGACCUAGCCCACAGGAGCGAACUCCAGGGAGACAGCAGCGGGGAGAACAACAAUCCGGGUAGUCCCACCGUGAACAACUUUCGGCAGCUGCAGGAGAAGCUAAUCUUCGAGAACCUCAACACCGACAAGCUCAACAGCAUAAUGCGGCAGGAUUCCUUAGAGCCGGUGCUGCGGGACCCCUGCUACCUGAUCAACGAGGGCAUCUGCAACCGCAACAUCGACCAGACCAUGCUCUCCAUCCUGCUCUUCUUCCACAGUGCUUCCGGAGCCAGCGUGGUGGCCCUAGACAACAAGAUCGAGCAGGCCAUGGAUCUGGUGAAGAAUCAUCUGAUGUAUGCUGUAAGAGAGGAGGUGGAGAUUCUGAAGGAGCAGAUCCGAGAGCUGGUGGAGAAGAACUCCCAGCUGGAGCGUGAGAACACCCUCUUGAAGACCCUGGCGAGCCCAGAGCAGCUGGAGAAGUUCCAGUCGCGUCUGAGCCCAGAAGAGCCGGCUCCUGAGUCCCCACAAGCGCCGGAGGCCCCCGGUGGUUCUGCGGUGUAAGUGGCUCUGUCCUCGUGGUGGGCAGAGCCACUAAACUUGUUCUACCUAGUUCUUUCCAGUUUGUUUUUGGCUCCCCAAGCGUCAUCUCACGUGGAGAACUUUACACCUAGCAUAGCUGGUGCCAAGAGAUGUCCCAAGGACAUGGCCACCUGGGUCCACUCCAGUGACAGACCCCUGACAAAGAGCAGGUCUCUGGAGGCUGAGUUGCAUGGGGCUUAGUCACUCCAAGCCAGUGAGCCUCUAAUGCCGCUGCACCCUAGGAGAUCCCGGGGCUUGCACAACUUAGCUGCAGCUGGCAAAGGAGAAAGGUAGUUCGAGAUGGGAUGCCAGUUUGCUCCAGAAAGUAUAAGGGGUCUGUUUUUCAUUUCCAUGGACAUCUUCAACAGCUUCACUUGACGACUGUUCCUAUGAAGAAGCCACUUGUGUUUUAAGCAGAGGCAACCUCUCUCUUCUCCCCUGCCUUGCGAAGGCAGGGGGAACAGACAGGAGAGAUCGAGCCAAAUCAGCCUUCUGUUGGUUAAUAUGGUAUAAUGCAUGGCUUUGUGCACAGCCCAGUGUGGGAUUACAGCUUUGGGAUGACCGCUUACAAAGUUCUGUUUGGUUAGUAUUGGCAUAGUUUUUCUAUAUAGCCAUAAAUGCGUAUAUAUACCCAUAGGGCUAGAUCUAUAUCUUAGUGUAGUGAUGUAUUCAUAUACACAUACACCUACGUGUUGAAGGGCCUAACCAGCUUUGGGAGCGUUGACUGGUCCCUUGUCUCUUAAGGCUAAUUGUUUGACUGUGUUCAUUUACCAAGUUGGUCCAGUUUGUCCUCUAGGUUAGGUAAGCCAAAAACGUAAAGGCAGGGAAGGGGACCAGCCUCGGAAUGCGGCCACGGAUGCCUUGCUGCUGCAACCUUUUCCCCGUCUGUCCGUUGGAGACGUGUGAGGUCCUCUUCUGAAUGCCAAACCCACCAUUCGCUGGUGCUGACUAAAUAGAAUGGGGUUGAGAGAAGAUUAGCUUGGACUUCACAGUGCCGUUUAAAAACUGGUUUUUGUUAUUAUUAUUAUUAUUAUUGUUAUUACUGUUGUGGAAAACUUUCAAGUGAACAAUUAACUUGAUGGCGUCCUGUUGUGGACGAGGGAAUGGCUUUGACUUGACGGUGCCUGGGUGAUGUACUCAAGGAGCUUGUCUCUGGCGGGUUCUGUGGCAGUGAACACCUUCUACUUCUGACACCUUAUCCUGAUGUCUGUCUCCAGGAUCUGGAUUUGGAUUUUUCCAGAUGUAGCUUGAAGUUUCAAUAAACUUUGCUCUCUUUUU